AUGAACACCGACGACAGAGACACCAUUCUCGCCAUUCUCCUCACAGAUUCCUCUUCAUGGCAACAGCUCGUCGCGUUUGCUCCUCGCACCUCGGAUGCCGCCACCGACGCGAAUCUACGCAACCGCUACAUGGCUCUACUAGCGCUACACGUUCGACACCAAUCAGCAGACAAGGCAGAAGACCUGCGCCUCGUCAUGUAUCUCCUUGACCAAGAGGUCCUAUAUCACCGUCAGGCGGAUCAUUACCGCUCAUCCAUCUCCCUCGCCUGCUAUCUCUUAGCGCGAUACCGUCAGCCCUCUCACCUGUGGGCCAUUUGGGCAGCUCGCGAAGCCAACUUUGACGCGUUAAAGAGCGUCGACUCGCAUUAUAUGUGGUACGCCACAUCCGGAGUAGAGAAUGCCAAGAUGUAUCUCGAAAGAUGUGGAAUGGGCGAUGUGGGUGAAGGAGCAGCUGAGGAUGGAGGCCGUGUGCGAUGGUGGCGAGAAUUGGUGGAAGAUGCGGGAGAUGAAGCAAAGGCAUUCGAGGAGUUGAAGAGACAGGUCGUCGAGAGGAUCAAAAUGGACGUGACGUGUGGAAUUACGGAUGAGACGGUGGAAAAGUUUGUAGAUGAUUCAUGGCGGUCGGAGACGAAGAGGUGGGAAGAGUCGCUGUUACCUUAA